AAUUCGUGUUUUCCUGCUUCUGCUUUCUGCUUUCCUUUCUUUUCCAUGUUUUCUUUCCCCUUUUCCAUCUAGUGUAUAUCUGUGUCCUUCUCUCUUUCCCUCGUUCCGUUCUCUUCUCCUUCCUUACCUCAAGUCUCAACCUCGCGCCUGCUCGCCGAUCGACCGCCGGUCAGCCAAUGAGCGGCGCACGUUUUCUCCUGAGUGGCCGCAGCGAAACGACACUGUCGCGAACGCAGGCAAGCCGGUUUCCAUCUGCAGAAGCUGAUCGGUCCCCCGCCGCAGUCCCGUUGGAAGCCUUCUGAUGAUGCGGCCGGGGUCGGUGGGGCUGGUGGAGUUCAAGGGCUCGGGCCGGGAAGCGGUUGCACGAGCUGGAGUCCGAGACGCGGACGCUGGGGAUGGACUGCCCCGGCAGUCGUCAUUGCUCAGAGCUGGCGCAGAGAGAGCAGCUCAAAACAGACGGCAGCCCGCAUACUCCAUCUUCUCUGCUCUCCGGUCAGCCAUGGCUUCUUGGAAACUUGGCGGGCCCAAGUCGACCGUGAUGGUCGAAUACGUUCCCAUACCGGGCGACAUGGAAGACGUAGACGAUGCGGAUCUGGUUGUUCCGCAGAAGUCGAGGGCAAGAUGGACAUGGCGCUCGUAUUUAUUAUUGGGGCUAGCGCUGCUAGCGAUGAUCCUGCUGGCCGUAAAAGUCGGCGAUGUAAUAGGGCAGAACUUCUCCAGGCAGCACGGCCCUAAAGACAACCCAUUUGGCAACUGGGGAAAGCCAGGAACGGGCACCGAGCAGCUCGCAUGGUAUCCAGCCGACUUCCUCCGAGACGUGGUACCCGUUCCAUGCCACUCGCACAACGACUACUGGCGCGACGUGCCGCUGUUCUCGGCUCUCUACGCCGGCUGCACGGGGGUCGAGGCAGACGUCUGGCUGCGCCGUGGCGAUCUCCUAGUCGGGCACGACACGGCAAGCUUGCAGCCGAACCGGACCUUCCAGACGCUGUAUGUCAACCCGCUCAUCGAGAUCCUGACCCGACAGAACCCGGCAACGGAGUUUUACAACGGCACGACAAAUGGGGUGUUCAGCACCGACCCGUCCCAAACGCUGGUGCUCCUCGUGGACCUCAAGACCGACGGCGCCGAGACCUGGCCCUGGGUAGUGAAGCAGCUCUCCCCUCUACGCGAGCGGGGCUGGCUCAGCUACUUCGAAGACGGGCAGUUCCACGCGCGGCCCAUCACCGUCGUCGGGACGGGCAACACGCCGUUUGACCAGAUCCUGGGGAACUCGACGCCGUCAUCGUCGUCGUCCUCAUACCGCCGGGACGCCUUCUUCGACGCGCCGCUAGACCAGCUCGAGAACUCGCCGUACGACGCGACCAACUCGUACUAUGCCAGCGUCAACUUCUGGCGGGCUAUUGGGCCGGUGUGGUGGAGGGGCGAGCCAAGCGCGGCGCAGCUCAGGAAGAUCAGGCGGCAUCUUCGCGAAGCUCACAAGAGGGGGCUCAAGGCGCGGUACUGGAACCUGCCGUCGUGGCCGAUCCAUGUGCGGAACAGGCUGUGGCAAAUCCUGGUAGAGGAGGGCAUUGACAUGCUGAACGUCGACGACUUGAAUGCGGCGACGAGACAGGACUGGACGAGGCCGGACACGUUUUAGACGGCUUGUGCUUGUGGGGCUAGAUGGAGUUUGGAUCGGGGUUUACAGGUGGCAGCUCCGAGGAAGUGGAAGUGAUCCGCAAGUGGUAUCUUCGCCCGGUAUCACAACCCCGCUCUCCGAACUCGCCGGUUUAUCUCCUGCGGGGAAUUGCCCGCAACUCACCCACCGGAGGUGGGGCUGGUGAGCUCAUACACGCCGUCUCCAACUCCUGGGCGAGCAAUGAGACGGCAGCUGCAAGCCUGGCAACUUGGAGAGUGAGGGGUUCCGGGCUAUAAAAACGAGGAAAGCAGCAUUAGGGAGCCAGCAGAGGGCAUAUACAUCCCCGUUGUGUAACCUCUCCGAGCUCAUCAUCAAGAACUGGAGCAUCCAGAGAUUAGAAGGACGGCAAGAAAGAGACCAAGGCCACGCAACCAUCCAGCCUAUCAUCGAUCGCAAUGGCAGCUCCGCAGCGACGCUCAUCCAUCGUGGCCAUCGCCGAGCAACAAUCGAGGCUUGCCUCCCUCGAUUCCUCCAUCAUCGACCGCCUGCCAGCCUACUCGGCCACGCUGUUCGAAGCCAAGACGCAGAAGCGGCUCACCUUCGAGGACAUCGCGCAGCACCUCGGGCGCAGCGAGGUGGCCGUGGCGGCGCUGUUCUACGGGCAGGCGCAGGCGUCGCCCGAGGACGCCGAGAAGCUGACGCAGCUGCUGGGCCUGUCGCGCGAGUCGAACAUCGCCUCGCAGAUGAUGGGCUUCCCCGACC